GUUCGACCAGAUUGAUAGUCAAUCCGCCAACUAUGUCAACUGAACCACUCCUACCCUCUUAUUCCUCUACUCCGGAGUAUGAACGAGAACGGCGUCCCUACCGAUACAGGCAAGGUAGAAGGGUCAACUCAACCCCACUUACGCCGUCGACUCCACCGAUUCAAUCUCUAAGCGCCCCGUUCUUUGUCGGCGCCGUGAUAGCCUCUACAUAUUGGGCCUACAAGAGCUAUACAGCUUCGGACCAGACCCUAUUGGGGCCAGCCCCUUUACUUCCUUACUUUGCAUCGUUAUUCCUCGUCCUCUCUUUCUGUUCGUGGAUCGGCUACCUAGUCUCCAUCCUUUACGACCAGGACGAAAUUUUUCUGUUCCAGCGCAAGCUUGUCAUCUGGAUAUCAGUUAUCGGAAAGGUGGUUUUGGGGGUCGCACACGCAGUCAUCUGGUUCGAGUACAAACAAUUCUUCCCCGCCACAAAACAACCCAACUGGAUUAUUAUGUUUCUUGCGACGCAGGCUUGGUGGGACCUUUUACUAUUGAUGGGGUAUUAUCCUAUGCUGCGAUUAAUGUAAUGGAAGAAAUACAUUUGUUCGAUCCUUGUCGUGGCUGAGCGCUGUUCCUUGGGUCAAACCUAAUAACUAUAGUUACCUAUUCGAAUGCCCAUGGACCACGACGAUCUAUUCCA